AUGUCUGCGUUGCCCGACGAAACGCUGAGGAAAAUCCUCAUUCAAAUUCAACAAUCGGCCGUUCAGUCUCAACGCUCACUCAACUUAACAAAGCAGCAAUGCACCGCCAAGGAGCGCGAGCGUCGGAUCGUCCAGCUGACUAUUAGUGAAAUAUCCAGCGUUAUACACGACGUUAAUCUGUACAAAGGUGUGGGGAAAAUGUUUUUGAUGGUUCCACAGAAGACAAUGGAACAGGAGUUGGAAGCGCAGGAGAAAGAGUUGACUGACGAGGUCAACUCUCUCAACAAAAAGUCAAAGUACUUGGAGAAGCAGUUUAAUGAUGCACAAGCUCGAUUGAGGGACAUCGUGCGCUUUCAUCAUGCUCCAGGGCAGUAA